AAAAGUCUCAAGCUUUGUAUCAAACCAGUCUCAAGAAUUUUUCAAAAAAAAAAAAGUUUCAAGAAAAAUCAUAUUUCAAAUUUGUCAUAUUAAUGGCGAAUUUCGAGAAUCUCUCUUCCGAUUUUCAGACAAUAGCCUUGGAUAUAUACUCUUCCAUAACUCAAACUGCAGAUCUAAACAACAACAAUAGUAACCUUCAUUUUCAGACAUUUCAUCCAUCCUCCACUUCUCUCGACUCGCUCUUCCUUCUUCAUCAUCAUCAACAACAACAAUCAAUUCAUUUUCGCGGAAACUCUCCAGAAAAUAGUAACAAUGUCUCCUCAACUUCUAGUUUCCUCCAUUCUGAUCAUAACAACGUCGAUGAGACCAAGAAGAGAAAAGCUUUGUUACAUUCUCUGUCUUCACCGGAGAAUAGUGGCGUCUCUGAUAAUGCGAAUAUUAUUACCACCGGAACCGGUUCUUUGAGAGGAGGUAAGAGGUUGAAGAAGAAGAAAGAAGAAGAUGGGAAAGAAAGAGAAGUUGUUCACGUGAGAGCCAGAAGAGGCCAAGCCACUGAUAGCCACAGCUUAGCCGAACGGGUUCGGCGAGGGAAAAUAAACGAGAGGUUGAGAUGUUUGCAAGAUAUGGUUCCUGGAUGUUAUAAGGCUAUGGGAAUGGCUACGAUGCUUGACGAGAUAAUUAAUUAUGUUCAGUCUCUACAGAAUCAAGUCGAGUUUCUCUCGAUGAAACUUACUGCAGCAAGUUCGUUUUAUGACUUCAACUCAGAGACCGAUGCUGUUGAUUCCGUGCAGAGAGCAAAGGCACGUGAGACAGUAGAGAUGGGGGGACAAACAAGAGAUAGGAGUCCUGUCUUCCAUUUAUCAACAUGGUCCCUUUGACUUUUGUUAUCUCUUUUUCUUUAUUUUAUUAAUACUGUUUUCGAAAUUAUUCUUAUAUUUAUUUGGAUGCGAAAUGUGAUAUGUCAUACGUAAGACCCAACUCGGGAUACUAUUUGUAAUCUGUAUACUUGUAAUUUCGACAUUAUGAAUUUGUUGGCUAUUGUCAUGUAAAUAUCUCAGUUGUCCUCUUCC